AUGAUGAAGAGCGCAAAUGUCACGAGAAAUAUGUCCACCUGGUGUACGGUACUAACUCAGACCAUGGUCACUGUAUAUAUCGGUCUACGAAUAUUCGUAAUCGCGACGUGCGAUAGAAACAAAGAGACACAGGACAAUUUGGUACUGUACCCCGGUUACUUUCCUUACAACGUUCGACCAACGGUACGUUUAGUGCUGACUAAUAUGGCGCAAGCGUUUUCGGCUUACUGCGCUACGAUUCCCUACACUAGCGUAGAUACCUUUAUCGCCAUGCUCGUGUUGCAUACGUGUGGACAAUUCGCGAACUUGAGGAGAAGAUUGGAGAGACUGAUGGACGACAAGAAUGGGACCAGACGCGCGGACGACAUCCGAAAGGAACUUAGAUCGAUCGUGAAGAGACACGAGCAUCUUAACUGGGUCGCUAGUAAGAUCGAGGAAUGCUUUAACAUAUUGUUAUUGCUUCAACUAUUGCUUUGCACCAUCGAAAUAUGCUUUCAAGGCUUCUUAUUCUUUAACGUGUUGCUAAAAGGCGAUGCUGGUAUAUUUAACUUUCAAAUGGUGUUCUUCGUUCUCUUUCUAUCUUUCAUCCUAGUGCACAUAUAUAUUUAUUGUUACAUAGGCGAAGUACUUCAGAUUCAAAGCGCUUCAAUGGGCAUUUCUGCAUACAAAUCGAACUGGUUUAACGUCUCACCUCCGGAAUCAAGGUGCCUCAUAGUCAUCAUGUGCAGAUCCACUCGUCCACUUUGUUUAACCGCAGGCAAAUUUGCCACCUUCUCUAUGGAAAUGUUCAGUACGGUCCUGAGAACGGCGAUGGGUUAUCUUUCGGUUUUGCUGACAGUUUCGGGGGGUGACAACUGAAAACUUCGUAAUGACCGA